AUGAGCUUCUCACCUUCAUGCAUUGCUCACCUGGUAACUUUUCCCCACUGUGCAGCAGGAGAUGAAACUAUGGCAAACAACAGCUCUCCAUCCCUUACGCCAACCCCACCUGCACGCUCCACAUCACUCUCACCUCCAGGCACCACUAAAGGGGUUGAGCCAGCCACGACUACACCUGUUACAGAUUAUUCAUCAUCCUUGCACAGCACCUUCUCACCAGCCAGCAUGCCAGCAAGCACUGGGAUCACCCCUACUCCCCAAAUAGGUGACAAACUUGCACACAGUUCUCACAAUCAUUCCAUACGGACAACUAAAGAACCCUGUGUUUAUCUUCAGCAUCGUAUUAUAGGAAAUGUACAAGGCAAAAAGAGCACAGUUACAGUUGAACUGGAAAAUCCCAGCAAGACCAGGGAAUAUAAGAUUUUGGAGGUUAAUAAGAUCAUACCUGUGAAUUCUAGCAACUACAAAAUAAAACUCCAGAGAUGCAAGAGAUACACAGUCAAAGCUGAAGAUUGCCCAGAACAACAUCUUGAUAUUCCACCUGCUCCAGAAGCACCAGAAAACCUUACAGUAAUUCCUGGUGAAAGAAAUGUAACAGUUACAUGGCAGAAACCUAGUGACAUUUCAAAGGGUCCUGUAUAUGACUAUACAGUGAUAUGCAACGGCACAACUACAGAGUAUGUCAACACAACUAAUUUCACUUGCCAUGAAUUAGAACCUUACAGGAAUGGUUCUGUAACUGUGACUUCAUGCACAAAGAGCAAAUAUUAUGAUAAAACAUUUAUGGGGAAAAAUGCAACGUGCAACUUUAGAACAGAGUCAGCAGAACCACAGCAAGUGACUGAUGUUAGUGCAACGCUGAUAGAUGACAAUGCAGUCCAAAUCACAUGCAAAAGUCAACAAGUGUAUGGAGGACAAAAAGUAUUUAAGCUGAUUUGGCAGAAUGGUGGAACAGAGGUCUCCAAUCAAACUGAUUGUGAUUUUAGAAAAGAAAAUCUCUUGUACUUGACAAACUAUUCAUUUGCGAUCUCAGUGUUUAAUGGAGUAUAUGAAGGGCAGCCAGUAAAGAGAAGUAUAAGAACCAGAUAUAAUUCUAAAGCCCUGAUUAUAUUCCUGGUGUUCUUGAUCAUUGUGACAUCAAUUGCUUUACUGCUGGUUCUCUACAAAAUCUAUGAUCUUCACAAAAAAAAGCUCAACAGUUCUUCUGAAGGCGUGGACCUCAUUCCAAUUAUAGAUGAAAGGCAGCUUCUGAACAUAGAGCCAAUACCUUCGGAGAACUUGCUGGACAUGUACAAGAGGAAGAUUGCUGAUGAAGGACGACUCUUCUUGGAAGAAUUUCAGAGUAUUCCUAGAGUUUUCACUAAAUUUUCAAUAAAGGAGGCCAGAAAAAGCCAUAAUCAGAACAAAAACCGUUACAUUGAUAUCCUGCCAUAUGAUCAUAACCGUGUUGAGCUCUCAGAGAUCCCAGGAGUUCCAGGGUCAGACUAUAUCAAUGCAAGUUACAUUGAUGGCUUCAAAGAACCAAGAAAAUACAUUGCUGCACAAGGCCCUAAGGAUGAGACCACAGAUGAUUUCUGGAGAAUGAUCUGGGAACAGAAGGCCACAAUCAUUGUCAUGGUGACUCGCUGUGAGGAAGGAAAGAGGAACAAAUGCGCCCAGUACUGGCCAUCAAUGGAGAAUGGCUCUGCAACAUAUGGGGACAUCAUUGUGAAGAUCAAGGAAAGUAAAACAUGUCCAGACUAUAUCAUUCAGAAACUACACAUCACAAAUGGAAGAGAAAGGACAUCUGGAAGAGAUGUGACACAUAUUCAAUUCACAAGCUGGCCAGACCACGGAGUCCCUGAGGAUCCACAUCUUCUUCUCAAACUCAGACGCAGAGUUAAUGCUCUCAGUAACUUUUUUAGUGGCCCAAUAGUGGUUCAUUGCAGUGCUGGUGUUGGUCGCACUGGGACAUACAUAGGAAUUGAUGCCAUGCUGGAGGGCCUGGAUGCAGAAGGCAGAGUGGAUGUUUAUGGCUAUGUUGUGAAGCUGCGGCGGCAGCGGUGCCUCAUGGUUCAAGUAGAGUCACAGUAUAUCCUUAUCCACCAAGCACUUGUGGAAUACAAUCAGUAUGGAGAAACAGAGGUCAGUCUCUCAGAACUGCAUUCCUAUCUUAAAAAUCUGAAAAGAAAAGACCCACCAAGUGAUCCUUCCCUGCUGGAGGCAGAAUUUCAGAGAUUACCUUCCUAUAAGGGGUGGCGGACACAGAACACGGGGAAUCGUGAGGAAAAUAAAAGCAAAAAUAGGAAUACCAACAUAAUUCCAUAUGACUUUAACCGAGUGCCAGUCAGGCAGGAAGAUGAACGCAGUAAGGAGGGUGAACAUGAUUCAGAUAAUUCCUCAGAUGAGGAGAGUGACUGUGAAGAAUCAAGCAGAUACAUCAAUGCCUCCUUCAUAACUGGUUACUGGGGUCCAAAAGCCAUGAUUGCCACACAGGGACCACUGCAGGAAACUAUCUCUGACUUCUGGCAAAUGGUCUUCCAAAGAAAAGUCAAAGUCAUCGUUAUGCUGACAGAGCUGAAAGAAGGAGAGCAGGAACUCUGUGCACAGUACUGGGGAGAAGAAAAACAAACAUAUAAUGACAUAGAAGUUCAAAUGACAGAUGCCAGCUCUUGUCCUGGCUAUACCAUACGUGCAUUUGACAUUACACAUCUGAAGAUGAAAGAAACACAGAAGGUGUAUCAGUAUCAGUAUCACAAGUGGAGUGGCUUGGAUGUUCCAGAAAACCCCAAAGAUUUAGUCAGCAUGAUUCUUCACCUCAAAGAAAGAGUGCCAGUCAGAGCAGCCACUGAGGACAAGAGUACCCGCAGUGUCCCCCUUGUUGUCCACUGUCGUGAUGGAUCACAGCAGACUGGUGUGUUCUGUGCUUUAAUGACCCUCUUGGAAAGUGCAGAGAUAGAAGAAGUAAUAGAUGUUUUCCAAGUGGUAAAGUCUCUUCGUCGCUCCAGGCUGGGAGUGGUCUCUACCUUUGAACAGUACCAGUUUCUGUAUGACAGCAUUGCCAGUACCUACCCUGCACAGAAUGGACAGAUAAAGAAGAACAGCGAGCAGAAAGAUAAAGUUGAAUUUUGCAGUGAAGUAGAAAAACCAGAUCAGGAAACUGAUUUGAUCACUAUUGAUCUUACCUCAUCAACACCAGAGGAAAAGGAGCCUUCUGAAAGAUGUGAUGAAUCCAAAGCUGCAGACAGCACUAAGGGAACAGAAAGCUCCUCAAAUGGCCCCACAGCUCCGGUUCUAACUUAGAGGCCAUACUGAAAAGCAAACAAAUAAACAAACCCCAAUGCUUUUACACGUGCAAAAUAGCUUAAACAAAAUAAGAAGCAGCAGAUUUCCUCUUCUU